GUCUGAGAUUGUUUCUCCCUCCGUCGUUGACCCGAGCGAUUCUCGUGAAGUUGUGAUCAACCCCCUCAUCCCCCAGAACCAUUUGCCUCUCAUGGAUAUGAGCAUGUUCCUUGGUGUUGGCCUGAUGGAUGGAAAAGACUCGGUCCCACAGGAUGAUUUUUUUCCGGAUGCGCUUGAUGCUUGCGAUUCCGCAACACCCCCUCCCCCCGCGUUUCCCGUGAUGAGUGAUGACUUGGAGUGCCUGAAAGGUUUUGUUGCUGGAUGCAGUGAGCAGCAGACCGUAGCUCCCCCCUCUCUCUCGCAUGCCUUGGCGAUUAUCGCCCCCGGUGCUUCCCCAUUUUCGGUAGGAAAAUCCACGCCCACCAUCGACAUUAAUUUGUUCCAUGCCUCCACCGGCCAUGUCAACGAAUUCUUGAUGCGUGAAACGGCCAAGCAGCAGGGCGUACGAUUGGUGGGGGAGAUGCAGCCGUGUGUGGGCUGCGUGGAAGCGAAGGGUAGGCGGGCCCCGGUGCCGCGGCGUGGCACCCGCGCGGCGGUACCGUUCGGCAAAAUCCACAUCGACCUCACGGGCCCGUUCUCUGACGCGUUGGACGGCUCCCGGUAUCUGAUCAUGUUCGUGGACAGCGCAUCGCGGUGGCAACGGGGGUACGGGAUGCGGGCCAAGAGCGACACCCUGAAGUUCGUGCAGCGGUUUCUCGCCGACAUGAACGGCAUGGGCACUCCGGGGUGUUUCCGCAUGGACAACGGCGGCGAGUUCACCGGCUCCGCGUUCACCUCGUUCUGCGACGCUGCUGGCAUUCGGCGCGAGUACACCGCCCCCGACACCCCCAAGCAAAACGCGGUGGUCGAGAGCGCCAUUUGGCGCGCCAUGAAGGGGGGCCACGCCGCUCGCCGCCACAUCCUUGCCAUGGGCCACGUCGACCUCUCCUCCGUCCCCAACGUCGGCCGGUUUCUCGCCGACAUGAACGGCAUGGGCACUCCGGGGUGUUUCCGCAUGGACAACGGCGGCGAGUUCACCGGCUCCGCGUUCACCUCGUUCUGCGACGCUGCUGGCAUUCGGCGCGAGUACACCGCCCCCGACACCCCCAAGCAAAACGCGGUGGUCGAGAGCGCCAUUUGGCGCGCCAUGAAGGGGGGCCACGCCGCUCGCCGCCACAUCCUCGCCAUGGGCCACGUCGACCUCUCCUCCGUCCCCAACGUCGGCGUCAACGGACAUCGCCUGUGGCUCGCGUCGGCGCUGUGGGCAUCCGCCUGCUUCAACCGCUCGGCGACGAAGGCCAACCUGGGCUGGAUGUCUCCGUUUGAGGCGUUCUUCGGCCGGAAACCGCCCCUCACCGUCGUCCCUUUUUUCCAGGAGGGGAUGAUGCGCGUGAAGCGGGCUACCAAGGCGGACGUCCAAUCCGCGCGGUGCUUCUACUUGCACGGCGCCAACAACCACUCGACGUCUACCGCUGUCGUUCUUCGCGCUGACACCGGUCGCCUCGCCCUCACCAACAACGUCGUGUGGGUCAACCGCCGGGCAGGAGCGCCGGCCCCGGUGCCGGGCAUCGGGGGGGGUUCUUCGGUCACCGCGGCGCCCUCGCCGGGCGCCGCCGUACCUGCGGCCGCUGCCGCACCGCCGCCGCCCCCGUCGACAAGGAUGUACACAUACAUCCCGCCUGCACCACCGACCACCACACCGCCGCCGCCCGCUUCUCCGCCGAUCUUCACAGGAUCAUCAGCCCCGUCGCCGAUCUCCACGGCGUCGUCGAGUGCACCGCCGUCCACCGUAGCCACGCCGCCCCGUCCACCGCCGACACCACCGCCCGCAAGCGCCGCCGCUCCCGCUCCCCAUCACCCGCCGCUUUCACAGCGAGCCGUCAGAGAGUUGGGCGAGAAGGAAACCAGGGUACAUGGCCGUACGCGCGGCGACCGAGUGCGCUUCAUGGAUGAGCAACAGCAACCGCCGUCGCCGUCAGGUGGCGGCACCGCUCUCCACCACCGCCUUGGACUGUUGGCGAUGAUGGACAAGGACUCCCUCAUCUCGUCGCUGGCCACCCGCGAGGCCGUCGACCAAGGACGGUGUGACCCACCGCCUCCGCCGCCGCCGGAUCCGAGCUUUGGAGGCCGUGAGAGCGGGGGGGCAGUGGGAGCUGGGGGGCCCGUGGAUUCCGGGGGGGGGGGGAGACCGCAGAUGUUCGCAACGAUGUUCGCCACCCGUGAGGAUGUGGACGCCGCACUUCGCGCCGAGCGCCCGCCCGACAAGAUGCCUGACCUUCCGCACUGCAUGGCCAGCGACCUCCGCGAGCCGAAGACGUUCAACGAGGCCAUGCGGUCUCAACAUUCAGAGUUAUGGAAUGAUGCAAUCGGUCGAGAGUUUUUCGGUUUGUUGGAUGCAGGAACUUUUAGUCCGGUGUAGCAACCAGUAGAGAACGCCAUCAAUGCUAAGUGGGUCUUUAACUGUAAGGCAGACGAGUACGGAUGGCCGACGAAAUUCAAGGCAAGACUUGUAGCGCGGGGGGACAUGCAGAGGGCUUCGAUUGAUUUUGGAGAAUUGUUUGCACCCACCGUAUCAGUGUCUAGUGUGCGCUUGUUGGCAGCAUUAGCAUGUGAGCAGAAUCUUGACUUGUGCCAUUUCGAUAUUCAGCAGGCUUUUGUGCAGUCUGAGCUUGAUGAGGAUGUUUUCAUGCGCUUACCGCAGGGGUGUGGUAGGUUAUCUGGCUUGAUCGUGAAGCUAUGCAAGAGUCUGUAUGGUUUGAAGCAGGCAUCACGACAUUGGCAUGCGCACCUGACGAGGUGUUUGUUACUUUUAGGUUUUUUGCAGUGUCUGGCGGAUGCAUGUGUUUUUCGAUUGAUGGAGGAGGGUCAUGUGAUCAUGAUCAUCGUCGUCC